AUGGCCUCUCGUCCAACUGUCUCCAUCGCCACGGCGGAGGGCAAGCCCAGCGGCGCUACCCAUCCGCUCCCUACCGUUUUCCUUGCGCCAAUCCGUCCUGACAUUGUCCAGUACGAAAGAACACCUUUAAACAAGAGACAGAGAGAUGGAACACCUUUACUGACUGGCUGA